ACAGAGGGUACUGUAUUUCAUGUUUAAAUCAACAACUCUAACUCAAACAUCUUUCUUUCUUUAUUUGUGAAUUUUAAAUUAGAGUUUUUAUUGGUAUAACAUUGACAUAUCAACGAAAAUGGCUGCCGAAGAUUCCGAAGUGAGGUCUUGUCUUCAAGAAAUUGUGAAGCUUGAUUUAGAAAUAAAAGCUCUUAUCCAGGACAUUCGUGAAUGUGCUUUGACGGAAGACAUUUUAGAGGAUCUGAACAAAGAUGCGAGGCUGAAAAUUGGAAAACUUCAGAAGAAAAUUGAGGACUUGGAGGUUUUUGGAAUCGAAGCAGAUCUGGAGGAAGACCGACAAGUUAUCAUGCGAGAUGUGGAAAACCACAAAGACAGAUUGUCGAACAUCAUCACUUCCCUCAGGCAGUCCAAUUUAACAGCCAAAUUUGCCAUGGAGAAGGCAAAUACUGAAAAGUUGAUGACCUCUAGAGGUUCAGGUGCAAGACAGAGGGGACGAAAUAAAGAAAGCUUAGUCAAACAAGCAAAUGCAAUUACGGAGAGUUUAUAUGGCAUCAACAAGAAAUUGACAGAGCAACUGAGUCAAAGUGAGGCUACGAAAGGGACAUUGAUAAAGAGUUCUAAUACAGUUACGGAUACAAUGGAGGAAUUCAAGAAUAUGGGAGCUCAUAUAGGAACUUCACAAAAAUUGCUGUCAAAAUACAAUCGUAGACAACUAACAGACAAAUUUCUGAUAUUUCUUGCUCUAGUUUUUUUCAUCGCAACUGUUUUAUACAUAAUAAAGAAAAGGUUAUGGUAAAAAAUCAAAAUUAUCUUUUA